AUGGAUGUAAAAAAUUUAAGAAGUGAAUAUAUUCUAGAAGAGGAAAAUAACGUUUUUGAAGAUUAUAAAUCAUAUAUAAGUGAUAGUGUUGAAAAUAAAAGCAUCGAUUUUAAAAAUGAUUUAUCUUCAAGUUAUAGCAAAAAUGUUAACGAAGAAUAUGAUGAAGAGGAGGAAGAAGCAGAAAGAGAAUUUAAGGUGAAUGAAUAUGAAAAUAAAAAUGAAGAUAAAAAAGAAGAAAAAAUAAAUGAUACAACCAAUGAACAAUGUGAUAAUAUAAAAGUGGAUAAAAAAAAAACAACUAAUUUAAUAAAUUUAAAUGGGGAAGAAAAUAAGUUACAAGAAGAAAAAUUUAAUGAUGAUAAAAAUAAAAUAAAUAAAAAUACAACAGUUAAUAAAAUAUUAGAAGAUUUAGAUGAUAAAAAUUAUUCAAUAAAAGAAAAAAUGAAAGAAGAUCCUUGUUAUGUUCCUAAAGAAUCUGGAUAUUUUUUACAUGAUAAUAGAUUUGAAAAUAAUGAGAAAAAGCUAUAUGAUAAAAAAGCACAAAAAUAUAAAAAUCAGUAUUCAGAAGAAAAAAGAUGGAAACAUGAUUUAUUUUAUGAUUAUAAAUAUGAUGAAUAUGUAAAAAGGGAUAAUAAAAACCAUAAUAAAACAUAUCAUAAUUAUAAUAAUAAUAAUAAUAAAUAUUAUCUAUCCAAAAAUAAACAUGAUAACAAUAAAAAAAAUGAUUAUAAUUUUUCAUAUAAAAAUUAUAAAGAACGUUAUUAUUAUGAUAAAGGUAAUAGAAUAAAACAAAAUAAUUCUAUGACCUAUUAUAAACAUUAUAAUGAUAUAAGAACAAAACUAGAAAUUAAAAGAGAAACAAAUAUUAAGAAUGAAAAUGAUAAUAAAAAAGAAAAAGAUAAUUUUAUUACUAUGGAUAAUAAAACCAAUAAUAAUACACAAAAGAAGAAAGAUAUGAAGGAAACGUUAUUAAAAAAAAAUGACGAUCCUCAGAAUGAAAAAAUUACAGAAAAAGGGAAUGAAAAUAAAAGUACACCUAACAACAAAGAAAAACAAAUAAUUUUAAAUGGGGAUAUAGUAAUCGAAAAAAAAAAAGAGGAAGAACAUGAGAAUAUAAAAAACGGAGAAGAGAAAUGUAUAAAAAAUAAUUUAAUACAUGAACAGGAAGAAAAAAAUAUAAAUGAUGUAUCAAAUAAAAAUAUGGAAGUCAAUAUAAAAGAUGUAUCAAAUAAAAAAGAUGAACAAAAAAAAAAUGAAGAUUCAAAUAAACAUCUUACAAAUGAUAAAACAAAAAAAUUGUUAAACGAGAAAAAUAAAGAAGAAGAUAUAUAUAAAAAUAAUAACAAAGAUAAUAAUAAAAAUUUUGUGAACUCAUAUAAAUCUCAAAAUUAUUAUAAUAAUAAUUCCUUAAAUGAUAAAUAUACAUCACAUAAAUUUGAUGGUACUAGAUUUGUAUAUUUAAAAGAUGAACCCAAUCAUUCUAAUAAAUUGUUAUAUAAUAAAUUCACUUUGAAAAAACAUUAUACAUAUGAAGAUAAUUAUAAUAACAAAAAAAAAUUGUACUCAUAUAAUACUUUUGACGGAUCAGAACAAACAAGAAGGAAAGGAUAUUCAAUUAACAAAAAUAAAGAAAGUUCAAAAAAUUUGGACUAUAAAAGAAUACAUGCUAGAGAAAAUAAUAUUACCAAUAAUUAUGCAAAUAAAAAUUAUAGUAGAUCAAAUAAACUUUAUGGAACAACUGCACAUAAUGACACAAAGAAAUAUAGGUCUUCAUCGAGAAAUUAUAGAAAUGAUAAAUAUAUCUUAAGAAAGGAAAAUUAUAAAAAGGAAUAUAAUAAUAAUUUAUAUGAUGAAGAGGAUAAUAGAAGUGAUAAAUAUAGAAAUGAUCGUGGUGUAAGGGAUAGAAAAAAAGAUUUUAGAAAUGUAGAUAGAGAAAAGGUACAUAUAUACAAAAGUGAAGACAAAAAUGAACAGAAAAAAGAAGAUAAAUAUGAUCGUAAGAAGGAUGAUAAAUAUGAUCGUAAGAAGGAUGAUAAAUAUGAUCGUAAGAAGGAAGAUAAAUAUGAUCGUAAGAAGGAAGAUAAAUAUGAUCGCAAGAAGGAUGAUAAAUAUGAUCGCAAGAAGGAAGAUAAAUAUGAUCGUAAGAAGGAAGAUAAAUAUGAUCGCAAGAAGGAUGAUAAAUACGAUCGUAAGAAGGAAGAUAAAUAUGAUCGUAAGAAGGAUGAUAAAUAUGAUCGUAAGAAGGAAGAUAAAUAUGAUCGCAAGAAGGAUGAUAAAUAUGAUCGUAAGAAGGAUGAUAAAUAUGAUCGUAAGAAGGACUAUAAAUAUGAUUAUAAAAAGGACGAUAAAUAUGAACGUAAAGUAGAAGAUAUUAAUGAAAAUAAAGUAGAUGAUGUAAAUGAAAAUAAAGUAGAUGAUAUUAAUGAAAAUAAAGUAGAAGAUAUAAAUGAAAGUAAAAUAGAAGAUAUAAAUGAAAAUAAAAUAGAAGAUAUAAAUGAAAGUAAAAUAGAAGAUAUAAAUAAAAUAAAAGAUACAAAUAAACAUAAAGUAGAAGAUAGAAAUGAACCUGAUAUAGACCAUAAAAAAGAACUUAAAAAUGAACGAAGAAAAGAAAAUAUUGAUGAACAGAAAAACGAAAAUAGAAAUGGAUAUAAAAUAAAAAAUAACCAUUAUAACAAAAAGGAUAGUGAUAGUAGUAUAGUUAUGAAGAAAGGAAAUAUAUACAAUACACGGUAUAACAGAUAUACGGAAAACAUUUCAGAGAAAGAAAAAGUUGAAAAAAAUAAUAGAAAUGAAUUAGAUAAAUAUAGCAAUUCUAGAAACACAUCAAAGAAAUAUCUGAACAAAUCAAAAGAUAACUAUUUCCAAAAUAAUAAAUAUGUAAAGAAUAAUACAGAUAUAUCUAAAAAUAUCAAAACUCUUAAAAACACUAAGGAAAAUUAUUAUAAUGAAGGGGAUGAAAAGAAGAAUAAUAUAAUCGGAACACAUGAGAAAGAUAAUAAAAAUUUAAAUGAUGUAAGUGAUUCUAAUGUUCGUAAUAAUAUAAAUAAGAAAAAUGAAAAAAAUAAUAUAAAAAUUGGUAAUAUGAAUAAAGCAUGUUAUAAUAAUGAUGUUAAUAAUACAGAUAAAAUGGGAAAUAUUAACAAUAAGGAAAACAUUGACAUUAUGGAUAAUAAUAAAAAUGGUGAUAAUAAAAAUAUUAAUAAGGAUUCUAUGAAAGAGAAAAGCUAUAAUGAAAAAUUAUCAAAUGGUAUGCAUGCAAGCAUGAAUGGUGAUAUAAAUAAUAAUAAUAAUAAUAAGAAUAAGAAUUACAAUUUGCAAAAUAAGAACAAUGUGACAGAUUUUAUUGAUACCAAAAACGAUAACAAUAAUAAUAUGGUGUUGAUGAAAAAUGAUGUAAAUAAUUCUUUUUCAAAACAAUAUUCAUUUAAAGGACCAUAUACUCAUAUGAAAAAAAAAAAUACCAAAGAGGAUAUGUUUAAUGAUACAAUAAAUAAUAAUAUGUAUGAAUAUAAAAAUAAUAUGAAUUAUAAUAAAAUCCUUGAUUAUAAUAAUAUGACAAAUAUGAAUCAUCACAAUCAACAUCUUCAUCCACCACCACCACCACCACCACAACAACAACAACAACAACAACAACAAGUUCAUCUCCAAACUCAAACUCAUCAUCAUCCUCAUGCACAUCCUCAUCAAAUAUAUCAUGAUAAUAGAAAGAAUACUUCUAUAAAUAAUGACAAAAAUAAUUAUACAAAUGAUAAAGUUUGUUUUAAUUAUUUAAAUAAUAAUGUCUAUAAUAAUUAUUGUUAUGAUAAUACUUUUAUGGAUAAUAAUAAUUAUUAUUUUGAUGAUAAUAUGUACCAAAGAAAUAAUAAUAAUUACAUAAAUGAAAAUCAUGCUUUUUAUAACAAUAAUCGAUAUAUUAAUCAUAUGAAUGACCAUUUUAUGAAUGCUAAUUAUAUGAACAAUAAUUAUAUAAAUGAAAGAAAUUAUUUAAAUGUUCCUCCUCAUAACUAUAUGAAUGAACCAAAUUAUAUGAACGACCAUAAUUUUGUAAACGAUCACACAUAUCAAGCUGAUGGUAAUUUUAUAGGAAAUAAUUAUAUAAAUGAAAAUACUGCAUAUAUUAAUGAAAAUUAUAUACACGAUGCAACAUAUAUUAGUAAUAAUUAUAUGAAUGGUACUAAUAAUUAUUUUUAUGAAAAUAUGUAUCCAGCAUAUGACAAUGAAAAUUAUUAUUAUGCCGAUAAUAAAUUUAGCAAACAAUAA